CUGCUUUCUGGCAAAGCUAGGUUACAAAAAGGUGCGGGUUUCUAGGGAGACUGGUAGGGGGGAGCAGUCCUUUGAAGAAGAUGUGAUAGGCGAGACCUUCUCAGGAAAGCAUGAGAGAGGAAAGAGAUGAAAGUAUGGUGAAAAACCUCUCCGGGUUUUAUGAUGGAAGGACUGGGAAAUGACAGAUCCAUAUGCAGCUCUCGACCAUAUCCAUGGCUUAGUCACCCCAAAACCGAGGCCUCGACCCUGCUAUGGAAACUCAAAGACUGCUUCUCCGCCAAUGAGACGCCCUCCCUUCAUCACACAGAUAAAGAAAGCAUUUACAUGGACAACAGAAAGGCUGUGCUGGAAUUGAAAGAUGUCCCCCCUCCACCUCCCCACCAUACGCCCUCUUCCCAAUCAUCCCAGCCCUUCUCUUUGGCCCCUGUCCCUUUGCCCCCACUCUGCUUGCCUCCUCCUCAGCUUACACAAGACUCCCACCAACAACAGCAACCACCACCACAGCAACAGCAAGAGGGGGGUAGCCCCAAAGUAAGCAUUUGCACUCAGUGUGAAUAUUGCAGGGCAGAUGGUUAUGGGUUAUUAGGUGGCGGAGGCGUUGUUGGUAGCAGUAGCAGUAUUGCUGGCAUUGUUUCACUCUAUAUGGCCCCUAGCUCUCUUGGAGCCCCUAUCAUCAGCAGCAGCAGCAGUAGUAGUAUUAGCGCCACAGCCUCAUCUGUUCAUCAGUAUAAACAAAACCUUAGCUGUGGAACAGGAGGUGAAGUUGUUGACCCGUUGCUCAGUCUUGCUUACAAACCUCAGCUGCUCUCUUCAGUCGCUACCUCUCAGCCUAUUUCAUCACACCCCUACCUCUCCUGCUGCUCAGGGCUUUUGCAUACCUACCCAUCUGUACCUCUUCCAUGCAGCCAACCCAGCCUGUGUACCUCCUCAGCCCCUCUGGCUUCCUCUCUCCCCUGUGUUUCCUCUCUAUCUGCUCCAAUGCACGGCUCUUGCCUGGCCUCUUCUGGCUUCUACACUUGUGGUGUCGACUGCUGCCCAUCAGCCAGAAGAUCCCAGAGAAGCACACUCGGUGAUCACCCAGCCACCACUACCAUCACCACUACCACCACCUCAGCACACUUCUGCUCUAACCCUAUGCACCUUAAUGUAGAACGCACGGUGUGUGUGAAGGGGGCGCACUACUGCCAGGAGUGCUUGUUGAAGCCCAUGAAUGGUCUGCCAUCAGAGUCGGACAAGGUGUGGCCCAGUGUUCCUGUUCCACAGACUGCUCCUAUCCCUAUUCCUAUUUGUAAUGGCUGUGGCACUUCUUCUGAUGGCAUGAUGCUCAUGCCAUCAACGAGCCUUGGCAAGACUGGCCAGAAGUAUGGUUCUCCAGAGAAUAGUGGUCCUGAGAACAUCCCUCCAGUGGGUGUCUUCUGGGACAUUGAGAACUGCAGCGUGCCCAGCGGACGCUCAGCAGGAGCUGUGGUCCAGCGUAUUCGUAGCCGCUUCUUUCAGGGCCACCGUGAGGCAGAAUUCAUUUGCGUCUGUGAUAUCAGCAAGGAGAGUAAAGCUGUCAUCCAAGAGCUCAACAACUGCCAGGUAACUGUUGCACACAUCAACGCCACAGCCAAGAAUGCUGCAGAUGACAAGCUUCGCCAGAGCCUACGGCGCUUUGCUGAGACCCACACUGCACCUGCAACUGUCAUACUAGUAUCCUCGGAUGUCAACUUUGCAAGUGAGCUGAGUGACCUGCGUCAUCGCCACGGUUUCCAGGUAAUCCUGGUCCACGGCAACCAUACAUCUUCAGCCCUGCUGCAGCAUGCUCACUGCCACGUGGCCUUUCAGGAGAUCACAGCUGAUCUGCCACCUCGCAUGCUUGUCAAAGCACAGCCCAGUUUCAACCUCCUCUAUGUGCACAACCUCCCUGUCAACUGUGACAAGAACCUGCGGAACACUGUGAAGCUCAGGCUCCGCCGCCUGUCAGACAACUGCGGUGGCAAGGUGCUGGGCAUGUCCCAGGGCACAGCAGUCCUCCGUUUUGGCAGUUCUGAUGCAGCUUCACGGGCCCGCAAGCGAAUGGAAAAUGAGGAUGUGUGUGGUCGCCGAAUCAGCCUCUCCUUCUCCCCACGGCCCAGAGAUGAUGCAAGUCCUGAGCCUGAGCUUCAGUCUCGGCCUUAUCACUUGUCUCAGACUCUGCCCCAAACAUAUCAAAACCAGGAUUCAAUGUUUGCCCCUCCUCCCGCCAUAUCCUCCUUCUCUUUUCUGCCACUGGAGAAGCCAAGGUCACCCAGAAGGCCACGGCGAGCAACGCGCCCAUGCCACACCACAGGCCCAGUGCCUGAAAGGCCCUACAGCCCCAGGAGGGGGUGCAGUGGGCCUCCCGGUGGUGCUCCAGCCAAGCCCCAUCAGGAGCUGGGUGGUUUGGAGGGCAAUCUCAGAAUGGGCCUCCAACACCUGGAGAAAGGACGUGCUGCUUCAUCUUCCCCCCACAGUAAUGGUGAGACAGGAGUCCUCGAGCAGUUGACCAAGCCUGGCCUCACUGGAGAAUCCAUGUACAGAAGGAGAAGAGAUGACACCAGUCCUCGCAGUGUGACUGAGUCCCCUGUAGAGCAAAGGGACAGGAGCUCAGGGGAGUUCCAGAUUAGCACACCCUCUGCCUUCAGCAAGUUAAACCUGCACAGGAGCUUCAGUCCCCUCGUCCUGUCCCAGGGUUCAUGGUCAUCCAGGAGUGUGUCCCCCUGCCUGUCAAGCCGGUCCUCACCCCUCCUUGCUGCCCCUCGUAGCCCGUUACCCGAAGGUCCUCCUGAGCCUUUCUCAGAUGGGGCAGAGGUCCAGGUUGCCAACCUGGACUACAGAAUGUCACGCAAGGAUCUGCAGCAGACACUGCAUGACACCUUCUCCCGAUACGGUCGGGUGAAAGCUGUGGAGCUUAGCCCCCACACUGACUACCAGCUGAAGGCCACAAUCCAAAUGUUAUACCUGCGACAGGCCAUAAGUGCCGUCAGUGGCCUGCACCGUUAUAAGAUCGGAGGCAAGCGCAUUCAGGUCUCUCUAAUCACUGGUGGCAACAACAAAUCCCUUGCCAUGCUCAGCACUGAGAUCAUCAGCAUUCUUCAGGAUUCACCGGCCAAUUGCCUUCCCCUCUUCAAGUUCACUGAGAUCUAUGAGAAAAAAUAUUCCCGCAAGCUUGUGGUGGGGGAUUUGUACAAGCUACCAGAGGUGGUGUCAGUGCGUGAGCAGGGAGGCUCAAGGCUGGUGUGUCUUCUGCCAAGCAGCCGUCAGAGCCCACUGGGAUCUUCCCAAUCCCAGGAGGGUUCCUCCUCGGCCAGUGGUAGCCCUGUGGUGUUUGAGGAGCUGGAGUACCAUGAACCUGUCUGCAGACAACACUAUGCACAGCAGGACUUCAGUGAGGCUGACUUUGACCCUGACUCCUAUAAAAUACCAUUUGUUGUGAUGUCUCUGAGCACCUUAGCCUCUGAGGUCCACAGUCUGCUGCAGUCACAUGAGGGAACUCUUCCAUUACUCAGUUUUCCAGAUUGUUAUGCAGCAAAAUUCAGCCCUCUGCAGCUGGGCAAUGAGACACUAGAGGGCGGUGUUCCUCUGGAGCACCUCAUUACCUGUGUUCCCAGUAUCACAAUAGUCACAGCCCAGAACGGCUUCAAAGUCAUCAAGUGGAUCCACAACAAACCACCAGCACCAAACUCUGAGCCCUGGAUUCAGCGCUGCAAGAGUCCGGUUGGCAACCCACAGCUCAUCCAGUUCAGUCGAGAGAUUAUUGACCUGUUAAAGAGUCAGCCCUCUUGCAUCAUGCCCAUGAGCAAGUUUAUACCUUCAUACCAUCAUCACUUUGCCAAGCAGUGCCGUGUCUCUGACUAUGGCUACUCGAAGCUGCUGGAGCUUCUGGAGGCUGUGCCGCAUGUCCUGCAGAUCUUGGGUAUGGGUACCAAGCGUUUAUUAACACUAACCCAUCGUGCUCAAGUGAAACGCUUCACCCAAGACCUGCUCAAACUGCUUAAGUUUCAAGCCAGCAAACAAGUGUCAAUCAAGGACUUCAUGCAGGCAUACCACUGGUGCUUCUCCAGAGACUGGAGGGUAAUAGACUAUGGCAUAUGUGACCUGAUGGACCUGCUGAUGGAGAUCCCAGACACCACCAUCACCAUUACACAUCAGGACAUAGACACAGUCAUCUCUGUUCCCAAGAGAGACCGUACAAUGGAGGAAAUGGAGCGCACUAAGCAGUUUGGGAAGGAGGUGGUGGACCUUCUCCGUCACCAGCCUCACUGUCGAAUGCCCUUCAGCAAAUUCAUCCCCACCUACCACCAUCACUUCGGUCGUCAGUGCAAGCUCAGCUACUAUGGUUUCACCAAGCUCAUGGAGCUCUUCGAGGCGAUCCCUGACAUCCUGAUGGUAUUGGAAUGUGGUGAGGAAAAAGUGCUGACUCUGACAGAGGUGGAGCGUAUCAAGGCUCUGGCAGCUCAGCUGGUCAAGCUGCUUCGGGCUCAGAAAAACUCCAGCAUUCCUGUAAGCCAGCUGCUCACCGAGUACAGCAAGACAUUUGGUUAUGGUCUGCGCCUGCAGGACUACGAUGCCAGCUCCUUGCCAGCACUGCUCGCCAAACUCUGCCAUGUUGUCAAGGUGGUGGACGGCUCUGAGGGUCGAGAAGUGCAGCUGAUCAACAGGAAGUCUUUGCGCCUGCUGACCUCCCAAAUACUGAGCCUGCUAAUGUCCCAAGCAGAGGAGCAAGUCACCAGCGGUCUCAGAGUGGAGGCACUGAGUGAGCAUUACCUGAUUGUCUAUGGAGCCUCGCUCAACCCAUGUGAAUAUGGGUUCCUCUCCCUCAGCGAGUUGCUCAAGAGCCUGCCCUACCUUGUGGAGUUGUACCAUGAAGAAGGUGAAGACGACAAAUCUGGCAGCAGCACCAGUGGUCGUGGUGAGGAGUGGGUGAGGCUGACCAAGCUUUACCAGUUCGCUCGUAACGUGCGCUGCCUCCUCCACACCUACCAUUACAACCAGAUCUUCCUGACCGACUUCCACGGGGCUUAUAACAAAUUUACAGGCUGCAGCCUUGAACCACGUUGCUACGGAUACAUGAGCACUGACGAGCUGCUCAGCGCCAUACCACAGGUGGUCUGGAUCAAAGGGCACGGUCGCAAGAAGAUUAUCGUUUUGAAGAACGAUAUGAAAGCAAAGGGAAGCUUUUCAGCCCCCAACAGCCCCCUGCCAAGUGAAAACACAGAGAGCCCAAGAGACAGCCCAAAUAGCAGCGCAACCUCUGGAGCCCAGAGUCCAGGGGGCGACGCAGCAGCAGAGUCAGAGCUGCUGUGUCUGACAUCACCUGUAGACCUGCUGUGUGGUCCUGUGCCUUCUUGCCUACCCUCACCUCAGCUACACCCUGACCCUGUCCUCCUCCAGGAGACAGACCUGAUUCACUUUGAGGAGAAAAUUCCACCAACAGUGAGUGAUGAACCUGAGGUGGCAGCUGCAGCCGUUGCUGACACCACAUCUGAGCCACCUGAGCAGCCUGGCAGCUCAGAAGACUCUGCAGUCACCAAACCUCCCCCGCCCCCGAACAUGAAGCCCCCCUUGUCCAUGGACAGUCCCAGCAGAAGAGCCACACGCAGUAAAUUUAAGCUAGCUGCCAACUUCUCAUUCACAGCAGGCCUCUGAUCCUUUUCACACAUGCACACAAAGCAAUACUGGCUCACAAAUAGUGUAACUCUAAAUACAAGAGUUGACCGGCUACACUGAACACACACACGCACUUCACAGACGAGACCCCUGAAGAUCAUUGGUAUUGUCCCCUCGAGCAGACUGUUGCAUUCUUCUGCUUUCUUCUUGAUCACUCAGCGGCCAUCUUUGUUCUCUUUGCUUGCUUGUUUCACAAUCAGUGUGUUGUUCCAGUGACGUUCACCAAGCUGUGAUUUUUCUUCUUGCAGAUUUUCUGCAAUUCUUUAAUUUGCCAAUUUCAUCUACUGUAACCUGUGUUUGUUUGAUUUCAUCCAGAGGGAAGUUAAAUGAUGUUUCCAUAAAUGAGCAUCCUCAGUUCAGUGUCAAAGAACACUUGCUUGCUUAAUUCUAAAAAAAAAAAGUUAGUUGUCACUGUAUGCAGAGCAUUUGGUAAUAAUGGAAGAAAAGCUAGGCAUGAGUACAUUUAUUCUAUGUAAACUUCAGUAACUUUAGUGACCCCCCAUUCUCAGUUUAUUAGAAUAAAAUAACAGAAGGUUUAGAGAAGUUUUGUUCAUGUACCAUAUAGAGAAACCUUCAUGUGUACGUUCUUGCUGUAUCCCCAAAGACCGAACAUUUGAUUUAAGAAAUUAAUUUUGAACUCAUUUCAAAUUUGUAAAGACCUUGCUUUGUAGGCAACUGUAGAUAUGACAUCUGAACUGGCUGCUAAGCACCUGCCUGUUAAAUUCUUUCAGUCUUCUUUCUGAAGAGGUAGCUUCCUUUUUGAGGUGUAUUCUCGACUUUAUCUCUAUUGUGAAGAAUCCCAAGGACAGUAUUUUCAGUUGCUUCUUAUAUAACGCAGAGUAUUUGGUAGUCUGUGGAGGAGUUUAGCCUAAAUGUGUGGUGUGUUUGCUGGCAAUUCAAUGCUGAAGGACUGAAGCGAUAAACAUUUGUUAACUGUUCAGACAGAUGCUUUUUGUUAAAAGAAGCUGACAGUCUUUGAACAGUCCACACAUGGAUGCUAACAUUUUAAUUGAUAUUGCGCCAAGCACUGCGCUCAGGAAUUUGUAUUCUUGCAGUACACUGGUUUGAUUUAUAGCAAAGAUUUUGACUCAUCUCUCCAGGGGCAACUAAUGAACAUCUGAAAGGGGAAAGGUGGUGCUUUCAUACUCCAGCCAGGUGUGUGCUCAGGCAGCAGGACUGGAGGUUUACUUUGAUUGUUUGGCUUUGGCCAGCAGCCGGUGUGUUUGUGUUCUUUUUAGCUGUAUUGUGUCUGUGUGUGUGGUUUACACUGGAGUAGGUGGUGUGAAAUGUGCAUGGUGUGCAUAAAUGAGUUUAUGCAUGGUGUAAGCCCAGGAGGAGCAGACAGGAACAGAUGAUGGGAAGACGUCCUUUAAGAUCAGCCUUUUAUUUCCACCAUGUUUAAAGGGUCUUAGAGUUGGCCGUCACCUUCACAGUUGGCUUUUUACACGCUCAAGGUUUUUGAAGUUAACCUUGUCGCUGGUAGCUGCUGCGUCAGCGGUGUCGUCCACACUGCCUGAGAUGAAGAGUUGGAGGGGAGCAGUGAGCACUCCUGAGUUUUUGAUUUUAACGACAAGGUGAAUGGUUUUUAGGGAUAAGAGAGGGGAUGGGAGGUGGUCGGCUGUUUGUGGAGCACCACGGGGGGCUCCGGGAAGCCUCCUGAUCAGACUGUGACGUACACUCAGAGGACCCUGUGCGGCUCUCUGGAAUCUGCCGGGCUUUUACAAUGGCUUGUAUUUGCCACGGUGCCAAAGGAAUUGCCAUCACACCUCCCCAUCCCUCACAUUUCAGUGUAGAGGAGUUUUUACUUACUGAUGUGUAUUGGUUUCUCCAUUUUCCCCUGUCUCAAGUGUUUAGAAGACUGCUGGCUGCUGAACUGCCACCAAAUGAAGUUUGGCACAAUCCAGGCGCCACUGAUGUCAAAGGAUGAUUGUUGUUGUUUGCGUUCAGAGAAAAGGUUAGAAGAAUGGAUAAGAGCCCAUUUUAUCAGUUUCUGCCCAGUUUCAGUGUUUACCUCUUUAGGCAGUGUUGUUAUUAAGCAGUUUUCUUUGUAAGACUUGAUUCUGACUUGGUGUGAAAGGCCUUUUAAAAAGCUGGCAUUCCACUUGCCAACAUAAAGUCAGUGAAAAUGUUUUUAAAAAGGGUUCAGGCCCCUCCUGCACUGUUUUACUGACUGUCAGGAAACCUCUUGGAUGAAGGAGUGAGCAGCUUAGAAAGGUUAUUGAUUUAGAAUUGGUAAAAAAAAAAAAAAGAGGAUUAAUUGCUCCCAAGACAUCUAGAUUUAACUUUGGCAGUAAGAAUGUGUUAUGUUUUGUGAAUUUGAACAAACCCUAGCUCUCCCUGCAGUGGCAACUAACUCAGAUGAAUACAUUUAACUUCCCUGUUUAGCUUCCUCUGUAUGGUUACAUCAGUGAGAAGUUACUGUACCUGUCAAAAUAUGCACUUUUGCAUAGUUUUGGUUCAUGAAAUACAUGUAUGAAAUUAGUGGCCAGAAAAAGAGGCAUUGAAGCACAUUUUUGUAUUCACCUGUUUGUGUUUAUCUGACCUCGUUCAGUUUUCACAUUGCAUGAUGGGUUUCCUUUAUUCAGCAGUGUCCUUAAAACCCCUGCCUUGUGACUAUAUUUGUGUUUACUUGGUCAAUAAUUGUCUCGCUGAUGCCCCCCACCCUCGCCCCUCCUGUGUCACCCUGCUUUACUGUCUCACUGCACCAGAAGUCGCUGUAACAGUCUAAUGUGGUGAAGGGACCAAAAGGAUUUCCAUAAAUAAAUUUCACAAGCAUCA